GCGAAUACAGUGAUUCGGAACUAUUUGUGUAAGUUCUGCUUUCCUAAAGAAUCUUCAAACAGGUAAAAGUAAUGCUAUAUUCUUUCUUUUAGUAACUGAUUUGGAGAAAGAAGCGAGUGUCGUAGUGAACGAGUGUGAAGGUCUGAAAUUAGUUGAUCGAUUAGCAACAUCACUCAAGAACGUUAAUGAUGCGGAAUCAUCCAAAGCUCAAGCAGCAGCCAAACAUCUGGCUGAAGAUGUACGCGAGAGAGAUGUAUGGUCGCAGCAAGGAGAUUUGGUUGGACUGUCACAACGGACAGCGCGAUUGGAACGUAACCAGUCUCGUCACGAACGCUCAAAGCUGGCGUUGGAUGCGUGCAAAGCGCGCUCACUCGAUGCAGUCAUAGCAUUUUUACGACAUCCCGGUUGGAGAUCUGCUACAGAUAUGGACUGGUCUAGAGCAGAACAACUCCGAGUACUCCGAGAGCGGUAUUAUGCGAAAAUUCUAAAUAUACUUCUUCGUAAUCUUGGAAUGUGCGAUGACACUACUGCCAUACUCGAUCUCCUUCCUAUUCUAGCUGAUGAGGAUCUGAAGCUCUAUGAGGUUAUUAAAUCUCUCGAUUCGUGUUUCCAGUUUAUCCAGUGUUGA